AUGGUCCAGCUCACUCCUGUCCUCUACAAGGCCUACCAUGGAGGCCACUUAACCAUCUGCCUUGCCCUGGGUGGCUGUACCAAAUGGCCUUUUCACCACAUUGUGGCUUCCCCCAACAAGUGUCCCAUGGAUGGCCAUUUCAUGGAGCAGCUGGGCUCCUAUGAUCCACUGUCCAGUAGUUAUGGAAAGAAACUCAUUUCUCUCAACCUGGACCAGAUCUGGCAUUGUAUUGGUUGUGGAGCCCACCUCUCUAAGCCUGUGGAAAAGCUUCUGGGUCUUUCUGGCUAUUUCCCUCAGCAUCUGACGGUGGUCACAAAUGCUGAGAGGUUGUGA